AAACCGGACGGCGUCCAGCGGCACCUGGUGGGUGAGAUCGUGCGGCGCUUCGAGAGGAAGGGCUUCAAGCUGGUGGGGUUGAAGCUGCUGCAGGCGUCGGAGGAGCUGCUGAAGGAGCACUAUAUCGACCUGCGGGACCGGCCCUUCUAUGGCCGCCUGGUGAAGUACAUGAGCUCGGGGCCAGUGGUGGCCAUGGUGUGGCAGGGUCUGGAUGUGGUGAGGAUGGCACGCACGAUGAUUGGAGAGACCAACCCGGCUGAGUCCAAGCCUGGCACCAUCCGAGGAGACUUCUGCAUUGAAGUUGGCAAGAAUGUGAUUCAUGGCAGUGACUCGGUUGAGAGUGCCCAGAAGGAGAUCUCCCUCUGGUUCCGCCCAGAGGAGCUGAUGUGCUGGGAGGAUGCAGCUGAACGAUGGAUCUACGAGUGAUGACACAGCCUGAGGGAAGUACAUCUUCCUGACCUGGGCACGGGGCAUUUUCAUUAGUUCCAUUUUGGCCCCUCAGGCUGGCUGUGGAUUCUGCUGUGGUAUCACAUGCUGAGAGUUUCUCUUCUGUGUGUCUGUGGAGGGGCUGUGGGAGCUGGUCUUUAUGUUUGUAACUCAGCAGUUCAGCUCCCUGCAAUAGUAGCUUUCUUUUUCUUUUUUUUUUCCCCUCCAUCUCCUGUAGUAAGUAGUUGAAGUUGCUGCUCAGUUUGCUGCAGCAUCCCAAAGUCCUUAAGUGGUUCAAAGUGAUUUAUAAAGGAGAGUGAAAGCUGGGCUCUGUGCCUGUCACUGUGCUGGCAGGCCUACCAGGCACAGAGGGACACGUGCUCCUAGCCCUGGGGAGGUGCACUGCUCACUGCAGGGUACAGGCACUGUCAUCCACUUGCAUUUUGGUGCAAUCCCUCACCAGAGGCUUUUAAAGAAGUGAGCUGCUGAGGUGUAAAGCGGAAAGGGCAGAGGCUGGUGACUAGGGCUGACCCAGCCUGGUGACACUCAUCACUUUAAUGUGUCCCUUGUGUGCAGGGCAGAAGUAGCCUCUGGAGGAGGAGGCUCAUUAGUCGGGCUCCUGCUGUGAGUUUUCACUUCUGGAGGCUUCCUGACUUUCAGUGACAGCAAGGCCUGUCACUGGAGAGGCUCAGAGCCACUUGUUUGAAUGUGUUCCUGCGUCCCGUUUUUGCCUGCUGUCCCUCUCUAUUUUCACACCGCCGUCCAUUUCAUUCAGCUGUUCCUGAGCCCUCUGCACAGCCUGCCAAAAUACAAAGGCAGUGACUGUGGCACUGCAUUCUGCUGUGGAGCAGGGGUCUGGUGAAACCUGAGGGAAAAAGGGUUUUGUUGCAUGUAGACUGAGGUACUUUGCUCGUGUUCUGCAAGCUCAUCUCCCUCUUGAGCUAGAAAGAUUUGUAUCUUAUGGGGCAUGAGUGCAGUUCCCCAGCUCCCACUUCUACCUGAAGGCUGGCCUGGGGUGGUGGGACUGAGCAGAGAAAUACCAGAAGUAACAGGGAGAAGGGACUUGGGACUUCUGUGAUUAACUGUGGCUUUCCUUUGCAGUCCAGUGGCAACACACAGCAUUUCUAAUAGCCAGAGCACCUCAUGCCUUCAGGGCCUUCUCCAAAUGGUUGGUUACAGCUCUAAUCAUCUUUAAGAGAUUGUCUGUUCCCACAAAUCAUCCGUGUGUUUUUAUUUAUAAUAAACUCUGGAGAGUUCCAUCUCUUCUGGUUGUUGCUGGGUGAGUGGGAGGUGGCUCUAGGUGAGCACUCACAGGAAUGUGAGCUAGUGCCAGUUUUUCUGAUGGAACUGUGCUGCUAGUGGUAGCUUUCUUUUGUGUUUUUUUUUUAUUGCCCCAGAGAUGCACAGGCAAGGCAACUAAUGGGGAAGGAGCCACAGUUUGUCAAGAUAUUAAAAUAAUUCAGGAAGGCAAUUAUAAGGGAACUUGUAUUCAGAUGCAUUGUAUUCUGUGUGUUCAGAUUACUGACCAACAACUGGUAACUAGCAAAGGCAAUCUGCAGUCUUAUUCCUAAUUUUCACUACUUUCCUAUUCUGUUGCCCCAUCUAUUGUCACAUGCAUUUCUUAAGUUAUUUGACAAAAUAAACCUGAGCUUGUUUGAACA